AUGGAAGUUCAGAUUCAUGAUCAUUCAUUGACCCUCUUACGGAAGUUAAUCGCGUUCACUUGUGAUGCUUGUGGCAAAGAAGGCAAGGACACGCCCUACUUAUGUCUCACAUGCGCAUUUUGUGUUCAUCCAAUAUGUGCUUCUUUACAUCGCACUGUCAAACAUGUACGUCACCAACACACUCUCAACCUCACUUAUUCUCUUCAAAUCCAACCCGACUACCAGAUUUGUCUACUUUGUGUUGAAAAGGUGGACACAAACUAUGGGUUUUACUAUUGCUCGAGUUGCACUUUUGUUGCCCACCUUAGUUGCGCAGCAGACGGUGAAAUCGAGGAUAACAUAAAUGUGCCGACAGAUGAUGAUAAGGAGUCCACUGAGCCAACAACUAAGCUGAGAUAUGGCAAUCCUAAGUUCAAUGAAUUAUCUUAUGUCAAGAAGAAAAUUAUGGGAGAAGAUGGAAUUGAAAUGGCAAUAAAAAUUAAACAUUUUAGUCAUAAACAUGAAUUAACCCUCACCCAUGAGCUCAAAAAUAGCGACAAGUGUGACGGUUGCAAAAGGCCCAUCUUGACUCCAUUUUAUAAUUGUACGCGAUGUCGCUUCGUUCUCCACAAAGCCUGUGCUGAAUUACCUAGAAAGAAGUGGCACCCACUUCAUCGACACCUACUCAUACUUUCUAUGAAUCCGUAUGGUAGAUUCUCGUUCUCUUGUAAUGCUUGUGCUCGUAGCUACCUUGGCUUCUCAUAUAACUGUUACAAAUGUAAAUUUGACCUUGAUGUCAACUGUAGUUUGACCUCAGACAGGCUGACCCAUGAUAGUCACAGGCACUGCGGCCUCAUCCUCUCCAGUGCAACAAGAAGCGGGAAAUGCAGUGUUUGUGAUUCCGAAGGAUAUGUAUUCCGCUGUGCUGAUUGUGCAUUUGCUCUGGACUUUAAAUGUGCUACACUACCAGGUAGCGCAAGAUAUGAACAACAUGAGCAUCUUUUUACUCUCCAAUAUAUUCCUGAAGAUGACUCUGGAGAAUAUUAUUGUGAUAUUUGUGAGGAAAAACGACACCCAAAACAUUGGUUUUAUUAUUGUGCAGAAUGCAGUUAUCCCGCUCAUCCUGAUUGCAUUCUUGGGGAAAAAAUUUAUCUGUAA